CUUACACACACGAAAAGAGUGGUUCCUUUUCGUUGUCCUUAAGCCCUUUUUCAACUCCCUGAGAAACCUGACCAGCUUACCUCAAGAAGUCAAGUAUCAACUCUAAUCAUCUUUUCUAUACUCUUCUGUUCAACUAUUUUUCUAUGUGAAUUCUCGAAAAAGCUUACGAACCUUCUAGAAAUGACGGUCUAAUGCCACGUGGCAGACCUCCAUGGCGCUACUACAUAACGGCGGACUUGAACAUACUCACACUCAAGAAACAACCCGAAUUUUCCGGACCUUGGUUGAAAAAGCUGACCGCAAAUUCGCUAGGGUUCGAGACCUUCCGGCAUUCGGACCCGGGUCUACCCCUGCCCGAUACUUAAACAAGGUGUUUAAAGCUUACACUAAGCUGUGGGAUUUCCAGCGAAGAAACCGGGCCAAGUUGGUGGAGUCGGGUCUACAAAGGUGGGAAAUCGGGGAGAUCGCUUCUCGGAUCGGGCAAUUGUAUUUCGGGCAGUACAUGAGGAGUAGUGAAGUUCGGUAUUUAUUGGAGUCAUAUGUAUUUUACGAGGCAAUUCUAAAUCGUGGAUAUUUUCAAGAAAAUGGUGGGAUUAAUGUCAGGUUUAAGGAAUUAAGGUUUUAUGCUCGAUUUUUGUUGGUUGCUUUGAUUUUGAAUCGCCGUCAUGUUGUUGCUUUGCUCAUUGACCGUUUUAAAGCUCUUGUUGAUGAUAGCCGUUCUACAUUUCGGGAAACUAGCUUCCGAGAAUGGAGACAAGUGGUUCAAGAGAUUGUUCGCUUUAUAAAUGCUGAAAAGUCAUUUUCUAAUGCGCGGCCUUUGCGGUACUGUGCUAUGUUUGACACUCAUCCGGACUCAUUGCCGUAUGUGGCUCGCUUCCAUGCAAAGAAGAUUCUUAAGUUGAAAGACGCAGUGUUAACUAGCUACCACCAGAAUGAGGUUAAGUUUGCAGAAUUGACUUUAGACACCUACAGAAUGCUGCAAUGUUUAGAAUGGGAGUCGAGUGGUUCUUUUUACCAAAAACAUCAAAAUGAACCACUUCAAAAUGGUAUUCAUCACAAGGAUUUUUCUGGGACUUCUGGUUUGAUCGACAUCAAUUUGGCUGCUGAUUUGACUGAUCCUACGUUACCCCCAAAUCCAAGGAAAGCCGUUAUCUAUCGCCCUACAGCAAUGCACUUUGUUGCAGUGAUUGCAACUAUGUGUGAGGAGCUCCCGAUGGAUAGUAUUAUUCUGAUAUAUGUGUCAUCCUCCUUGGGAACCUCUAGUCCUGUUAGAUCAGAAGUUUCUAGCGGUUCUAGAAGAUAUUCAGAGAAUAAAGUGUUUCUUUCGGGUAACCAUGAUCAAAACAUGUCUAAAAAGGGAUACUUAAGCGGUUAUUACGAUAAUUCUUUGUGUUUAAGUCCACGUGGAAUCGGAGGUUCAAGUAAUCUUUACCCUGGAGAUUUACUACCGUUCACCAGAAGACCUCUCUUCUUUAUUAUUGAUAGUGAUAACAGCCAUGCAUUCAAGAUUAUUCAUGGUUCAGAAAGAGGGGAGCCUUCAGCACUGUUACUUUCUCCUUUAAGGCCAUCAUUCAAGAACCCUCCUAAUGUUGAUGCCAUUGAAAAUGGGAGUCAAUUUACUCUGUUUCUGACAUCUCCUUUGCUAGCUUUUUGCCAAUUGGUUGGUCUCUCUGAGUCUGAUAGAGAAACGGACACUUACGAUGAGGCUGAAAACAUAAUUGCGAAUGCACUUGCUAAAUGGGAGGUCAUGUUAUGCUCGUCCACAAAAAUUGAUCUUGUUUGGGCUCAAGUGCUUCCAGAUCCGUUCCUUCGCCGUAUUAUUCUUAGAUUCAUCUUUUGCCGUGCUGUGCUCACUCUCUUCCACCCCGCUGAAACAAGAGAAUCGUACAUACCUGAAUGCUUGCCACAUCUUCCCGGUUUUGUAUCACCCGAUUCAGAAGCUGUUGGUUCUUAUGUUCGACGACUUGCUGAUCACCUCAAAGUUUCUAACUCUUUCAUUUACUCGUAAUCGAAACAAGGCUUCUCUUCAGGCCUACAAAAAUUCGAGUUUUGUUCAAUAUCAGAUGAAUAGAGCUACCGAGGAAGAUUUGUGCACCACAGACUAUUCUUCCCUUUACUGUAGAGGAUGUUUUGGGUUUUUUUUAAGGGUACCGGAACUUGAUCCACAUCGAUCAUCAUGCUUUCUACUGAUUGGGUCGUUGGGUGGCUCCUUGUUUUGGUAUACCAUGUGAAAAUAGUGUGUAGGUUUUUUCUUAAUACCCUUAUUUUAAAUAGAAAUUUUUUUUUCUUGCAAUUGUAUUUAGUUAGCAAAUUGUUGUGAGACUCAUAGUGUUGUAUUUCUGAAUAUUCACAAUUACGCUAUAUUCCUUCACACUUAUGUACCAAAUAAGUUGUUCUUGCACCAAUGUAGUGGAGCGGCUCAAAGAUCAUUGCUAAAUAUGCGUGUGUUGGGUCAUUUAAAUGUUUUUAAGCUCUAAAGUAGUUGUCUUUAGACCUCGUUAAUGUUGUAAUGACUACAUGAUAAACAAACCUAGCCCGAGGGUUAUCGGGAAUCCUCUUUCGGUGCCUUCGUCAGUAUAUGACAACAAAGAGGUGAUUUGGUCUGUUCUACAAACCUCGAGCGAAGAAUAAGUAAUAAUGGAGUGUUUAUGUUGGAUGUGAGUUGUGACUUGUGAGGUUCUUUUGUCUUAAAAUUUAGAGUCUUUAAGUUUUGAUAAUGGCUGUCAGAGAAACUUAAUAUAGAGAAUUAA